AUGGAACUCCUCGGAACUUUGCAAAUAUGUGUCCUUUUCCUUGCCCUAACCUCUGCAGCCAGCGACGAAGAGACUUCCUUGAAUAUUACACCAAAAAUCUAUUCAAAUAUCUUUGUGAGAAAGAGGGAAGAACACCGGCUAGUUCGAACGCAUUUGCGAAUCACGGACAGCUAUGAGAAACAAUUUACCCUCCUCAAAUUAGCUUACGAGAAAAUCCUUCAGGUGAUACAGGAAAGCCGAAAAGUUUUACAAGAGGAGCCUGAAGGGAAGGUACUACCGGCAAAUCAGACGGAGAUGGAAGCUCUGUUUCUUCUGCUGGAAAAUACUUGUUUAUUUGGAGAUCUGGUACUCUACAUGCCAGAUAUAUCUUUCAGGGUACUUGAGAAGGUGCCGCACUGGAGAGAAAUUAUAGAUUGGGCAUUGAAAAUAACAAUGAGACAUGAAAUUGUGAUUGACGAGAGAUCAAUGGAGAUGUUAAGUUUAUUCAACCAGGAAAUCAAUCCAGAUCAGCGCACCAGUGACUAUAUCAAUCCAUACAGACAAGAAAUGGACUAUCCGCCCCCUGAGAUGACCAAACCCACCAAGAAGAUCCGGAAGAAGCUGAAGCGGGGACCUCAGCUCACCGGUGGUCAGAAAAAUCAUGAAGACUUGUAGAGAAGAGCUUUUUAAGGCGUUAAAUAUUUGCUUAUUCCACCGACUGGCAUCGUAGAUACUGUGCUGUGAGGGGUUGUGGGUCGAGAGCCGGCUAAGGAGUGUGUUGUUGAGGCAUUUAGAGAGGCCAUAGUACCCAUCUGCAAGGAAAAUGUAAUUAAAACAAAUGAAGAUGAUUGGAAAUGAUACUGACAUGAAAGUUGUAACUUUUAAGGAAUCCCAUAUUUUAUAGUGAGACUAAUAUUAAACCUUAUCAGGAAGCUGCAGUUAUACGUAAUAUUAGGCCACGCUUCCUUAAAGAUUUUUACUAAAUUUA